AUGAUCCGCGACUUCGUGCAAUGGACGGCCGCAUUCGGCGAGACGGGCGAGCUCGAACAGCUGCGCAACUGUCGCGUAGGCAUUGAAGCCGCUGAGUACCUGAACCAGCGCAUCCUCAACCACCCACGCGCAAAAGAACCGCUUGUCCCAGCCCUGGGCGGCCUUCCACUGGCCCUGACACAGCACAUCCAGGACGACCUAGCCCACUUCCGCAGCUUCGACAUCGAGCCCUACUUCGUCUUCAGCGGCCUGGACAUCACAAAACAGGAAGAUCCUUUCAGGCAGAAGACGGAAGAAGCAGCGGUGAAUAUCAAUGCCUGGACUUUGUACGACAGCCACGAGGCCGAAGCCUCAGUCGCUAAAUUCGGACAAUCAACCUAUGUCACGCCCGAAGACCUCUUCCGUGCGCUACAGUCUACCCUGACCGAACAGAACAUUCGCUGGACCGUUGCACCCUAUAGCGCAUGGGCCCAGUUGGCAUAUCUCGAGAAGCACGAAUAUCUUCACGCCAUCGCCGGAUCGUCCGACAUCCUCAUCUUCGAGUGCGCCAAAAUCAUCACAUCUUGGGACUUCGAAUCCCGGCAGUUCAGCUUCAUCCGCCGAGAGAAAUGCGUGGCCGACCUGUCCAAGUUCGUCGGCGCUCCAAACAUCUCAGACGACAUCUUCCUCGACACAUGCAUACUCGCUGGCACGCCGUUCCUCCCAACCCACCCCAUCCUCGAUGCGCCUAACAGGGCUGAGCUGAUCAAGCCGUACAGCGCCAUCAAGACCAUCAUGAGCAAUGGCCAGUCUGGAUACUCUGUGGUAGUCAACAACAACGAUGUUCCGCCGGCAGGAAAAGAAUAUGUCACACGAUACCAGAAAGCACGUUUGGCUGUAAAGAACCACCCCGUCUACACGGAGGAAGGAAAGGUCGAGCCCCAAAACUCCGCGUCUAUGCCCAAUGAUGCUGGUCAAUAUUUGGGUCAGAGACUCCCAGAUGAGAUCCUCCACUACAUGUCGAAAGGCCUCAUCAACCCACGUAUACUUCAAUGGCGUACUACCUGUCAAGUAUUCGAAGUCCCCCCAAUGGAUGGUGGCAAUUCCCCAGAGUACAAGGAACUCGUCAGCUCCAAACUCAUUCCGCUGCGAACACCGGUCGUCAACCUUCUCUCCAGCUCUCUGCAUAACUGGUACCGACACCAAUCUCUCCAUCAGACACAUUGGUAUUCGCCAGUAGACCCUAACGGUAAACGGCCGUCCACAACCAUCCCUGUUGAGAAGCCAUCGGAAGCACAGGCUCCUUUGAUUGUUGACACCUGGAACGUAAAGGAAGCUACAUUCAAGGAUGUCAUCGCGCAGUACAAGGAUUGCGGAACUCUCGGUGCAGCCAUUCUAUCGCUACAAAACACUGAUUUCGUUACCAAAUCGAUCGCUAAGAAAGACCCCAAAAGCCCGCUUUCGUCCACUUCCGAAAUACUGUACAACUCAAUAUGGCGAUUCCUUGCUCUACGGGAGUAUGUCGAUACAAAGACUCAUAAUCUGACACCUUGGGGUAAAGUCCUAGUUUCCGUCAUAGAGGGUCUGAAGGGCAAGAAGGAGCACGAAGAAGCUGCGGUGAUUGCAGUCGAGCUGGUACGGAUGGGUCUCUUGACCUCCGAUAUCGACAUGUUCUCUGCGUACAAUGGUGCACCGAUGCGUGGUAGCACGAAAGAUAAGAACUCCAACAUGCUAGUGUCUCGUGUUGCUGGCCUAGGUAUUCUUCACCACCGCCCGAUUGGUUUUACCGGCCCUCUUAGUCAGCAUCUACUUGGUUACAACUCUAUUAUCAACGUUGUUCGCCAAGCGCUCCGAGAUCUGGUUGAGGUAGCAGCCACACAGAUGUUCUGUACUGGUUGUUGCAAUCGGCAUGCUGAGAUACCAGUCAUUGCAAUGAAGCUACCUUUUCUACUCCCCAACAACUGUGCACUCAGUAUAGCUGUCAAGUCAUACCUCGAUGAACUUCUCAGCAACGAUGCCGAUCCAACUGCCCCCGAAACCAAAGCACGCGUCGUUGAAACAGCAUCAUCACGCUACUUCCCGCAAUCACUCAACCUCCCCGACGAUCUCAAGUCAGCAUUCUCACUAUGGGAUGCUAUAUAUGCCGGCGUCAAGUCUUCGAACAACUCUACUAUACCAGAAGCGACUAAGCAGCUAUGGGCAGAGACAGACAGCUGGCUCUCUGAACGGCGAUAG